AUGUUCAAGAUUGUCAUUCUGGCUGGCAACUUUACCAGAGACACAUGUGGUCUUGAAGAGAUGAAGGUCGGAGCCUGUUUUGUCAAUCCUAAGAAAAGGAUCGUCGGGACAGGUUACAAUGGGAUGCCCAACAACUGUAGCAAUCGAUUGUUACCUUGGGGUAAGGACAAGAGGGACGACAGCAAGCUUGGAGCUAAAGAUUAUUACGUCUGCCAUGCGGAGAUGAAUGGAGUCAUAAACAGGUUCUCAGCAGACUUGGACGGCUGCACUAUCUACGUUUCCCUGUUUCCGUGCAACGAGUGUGCCAAGAUCAUCAUCCAGUCCGGCAUCAAGGAAGUUGUCUACUACUCCGACAAGAAAAAUGACAAGGAGGAAGUAGAAGCCGCGAAGAUAUUGUUUGAAGAGGCUCGUGUCAAAACUAGACAGUACGACCGGAGGAAACGCAUGAAAGUUGAGGUGGAUUUCGAGUCCAUUGAAGCAGAGCCUCAGCCCCGAAAAAGGGCACGAAAGGAGUGAAUCUUUGUACUCAUUCUGGAGACCUUUUCCCUAAUCCCUGGGAUUAGAACAAGAAAAUGUAAAGCCCCUAUAACGCAGUUUGU